CCGGCCGGGACAAGCUAGAGAUUGUUAUUUCGGUUUUAAAUCACGCUCUUUCCCAAAUCUACGCGAACGGAAUGCUAUUGAAGUAUUGAGCGUCGUUCUGGUACGACGCCUUAACCAACGUCAUUUGUUCAUCAGUGUUUUUACGGCGUCGUCGUUAGAGGUCAUAAGUAAAAAGAUCGUUAAUAAUCAAGAAAACUCUUCAUGCACUCGGCUUUUUGUGAAAUGGACGACGGUUGAAAAAAGUGUUGGAAAAUGGGUACAGUACCAAAUUUAGACAAAUUAUGUCGAAUAUGUACAAAUGAAAACACGGAAGGUGUGCCGAUAUUCGGCGAAGAUGGUAAAAAAUUGUACUUAGAAGAAAAAAUCAAGAAGUAUUUAACCAUUACGGUGACGUCUGAAGACGAUUUACCGAAAAUGGUUUGUGGAAAUUGCUGCAGGAAGCUAGAUAGCAUUCAUCGUUUUGUAUCGAUGGCAAUUAAAAUGCAAGACAAAUUGAAAGCACUUAUCGAAGCACGGGGCAAAGAAGAAACCAAAAAGGAACACAGUAUUCUGCAUUCAAUUUUGAGUAAAGGUUCUGAAACUGACAGUGAAGUCACGGAAGUUGAAGUGAGAGUUGACCCGAUGCUUUUUCUUUGUGCCCUUGAAGAUGGUAGUCAUGACAGUGAUGAGUCAUUUGAAGCAAGUAGCGAUAUAAACCAGUGUAACAUCACAAAUGAAGAGCAGGAUACCAGUGACAAAGAUGAUUCAAAUGUUACUUGUAGUGUUGAUACUGCUCAUGACAGUGAUACUGACUUGGCAGAAACCAAGGAAGCAGACGAAUGUGAUACAAGUGAAUGUGAUAAUAAAAGUGAGACUGAUAUGCCAACAAACAAUACAGUUCAAGCAAGAGUAGUGCCGGCCCAUGUGAUUACACAUGCCAGCAUUCCUCCUAUUCUGGAAAAAGAAACGAAGCCAUAUCAAUGUACAUUGUGCUCAAGAGGUUUUAAUAAUGAUAUUGGUUUACAAAACCAUUUGUGGAGUCACCUACCAAGGGAUCGUCGUGUUCUUGGUACCAGUGAUGGUAAUCAUAUGCAGCGGCACCUUCCAGUGUACUCCUCAAGAGGAGUUCUCCAUACCAAUACUGCUGUUGGAACAGCAGUUCGUUUUGUGUGUCCAGUGUGUGGCAAGAAAAUUUCGACUAAAGGCAAUCUGAAGGUACAUCUUGAGACACAUCGACCCAAAGGAAAAUAUGGCUGUGAUAUAUGUGGAAGGGUAUUCAAAACUCAGUCUAACUUAUACCGACAUAAAGAGUACCAUGGAGGUGUACAGUUUCCCUGUGGUGUCUGCGGCAGGGUUUACCCCACAAAUAGUACAUUGAGAGCUCACAGUAUUACACAUAGUGACUUAAGGCCUCACGCUUGCCCAUUGUGUGAUAAAACAUUCAAACGAAACCAAGACCUAAAGUUUCAUAUAAAUCAGCAUACGGGAGCACGACCAUAUCAGUGUCCCUACUGCCCUAAGGCUUUUGCCAGCUCAGGAAACUGCUUCUCGCAUCGUAAACGUAUGCAUCCUAUGGAAGUGGAGCGUGAUAGAGAACGAGCAGCUCAGCUCAUGAGGUGAGAGGAACAUGUAAGGUAUGGAAACAACUGUGACCUGCACACACCACAGUCCACUGAAGAGGUUUGACCAGUGGGGGCCCUAGGUAUGAUAUUUAAGUUUCUGGUUUACCAGUGCUUUCCAGAACUAUAUAUACUUUGAAAGAACUCUUAAUAAUGGAUACAUUUAGUCUUUUACACCAGGCAGUGAUGAUCAGAGUGUAUAGAAAUAAAUAUUAUUUGAAUAGAUGCUUUAAGUGUAUCAAGAACAAUAACAGAUAUCGUGUUCCCAUCUGAGAUAUGAUUGGUUUAGUGUUUUAACAUAUUUUACACGUUUGAAAGAAUAAUUAUUGUUCGGAUGAAAACAUUGUUAUG